AUGUAAAGCCAAACUUUACCAAAUAUAUCUGCUAAAUCACCUUAAUCGAAAUAGAAAACAUUAGAUUCAAUGUUAAAUGGUCAAAUAAGAAUUAAAUAACCAAAGGAUAUAUCUUUCAAAACAUUACCUAAUAAUAAAACCAAUAUUUCCUUUCUCAAAAAUGAAAAGUUCGAAACACGUUAAGAUGUAUAUUACAAUAUAACUUUUAGUAAUAUUAUAGUUCACCCUUAUUAACUAAAUCUUAAAUAACAGAAGUAGAUUUAUAAUGCAGAUAGAGCAGAAAUGAUUUUUAUUCUUAAAUGAUAAGUGAAAAUCCUUAUAAAUAUAAUGAAUAUAGUGAAAUUGAUUAAGAAUAUAAUAGAAGUAUAAAUAAAUGUUGAACCAUUAGAAAUAUCAGACAUAAAUGUUAAUUUGUUGGAUAUUAGAAAUAAAGAGAAAAUUAAAGAAUUCUUAUAAGAAUCAGUUUCUUUUUCUAAUCAACUCUCUAAUCAUACUUAAAAAUUAAAAAAAGUUAAUGUACUCACUCAAAGAUAAGAUGUUAUAAAAUUAGCUUAAUGGCUUGAUUAUUAAAUGUAGUAAGUAGUUUCAAAUAAAAAAAUGAUGUAAUAAUAAUAACUAAGAGAAAUUGAAAAGAUAUUUAAUUUGAGUUUAAAAGAGUUAGUCCGAGAAAUAUCAUUAGAUUGUGUUGAAAAAAGGUAUAAUCUCAUCAAUAGGUAGUGUGUUACUAGAAAAAAUAUGGAAUUAGUAUGUUAGCUAUAAUACAUUUCUUUUAAAAUCGAUAGAUGAUGAAAAGAACAAUUCAGAAAAUGAAUAUUUAUAGUAACUAAAAUCAGUAUUUUAUAUUUAUAUUUUUAGUUACAUUAAACAUAUUAAAGUUCAGUUAAAUUUUUGGAGGAUAAGUUAAGAUAAAUAGAUGAAGAAUUUAAUUAAUUAAGUACUAAAUUUGAGAGAAAGAAAUUUAAACUCAAAAACAUUAAAGAUAAUUUUAUAAACAUCUAAGAAUAAAAAAAAGAGAUGGAAUAAGAAGUUGAAUAUCUUAAAAAUUAAAAAAGGGAUUUAUUAGUGAUCAAAGAAUCUUUAUAAAAUUAAGUUGAAAAUCUGAUGACAGAAAAUGAAAGACUAUAAAUUGCAAUAUAUUAAAAAUCUUAAGAGUUAAGAACAGCUAAAACUAAACGUUAUUCUUAGAUAUCUUUAGAUAGUUGUUUUAGUGAAUAAAAUCAUAAAGGAACAACAAUGGAUGAUUUUUUAUAAAUUAUGUCAAUCAAAAAAGAAAAUUAUACUUAAACUUUGUAUUAUGAUAAAUUACAAUUAUCUACUGCUAUUUAGACAGAUAUUAAAUUUAUUUUUCAUUAAGGUACUUAAACAGGUUUGUUACAUAAUGAUGAAAAUUAUUAAUAAUAAAAUUAGGAAAAUAAUUAAUAUCUCAAAAAAUUAUAAGAUUAAAAAUAUGAUUUAGAAGAAAAACUAAAAUUGUCAAAUAAUAUUAUAUCAGAAUUACAGAGGAAUAAAUAAAAUUUAAUUAGAGAUUAAGAAAUUAAUAAUCAUAAAAUAUCAACAUACGUAAUUAUUUAAUAAUAAUUAGGAAAUUUCAUUAUCAGCUCUUUAAAAGGAAAUUGAAAGACUUUAAUCUGAAUUAUAGGCUUUAUUAUAAAGUAGAUAAUAAAAGAAGAGAACUAUAGUAUCUCUUGAAGAAAAUAAUGGAGAGUAAAUGUCUUUAGGUCCAGUUAAGGAACAAUAAAAUACUACUACUACUAAUACAUUAGAAAAAUAAAUAGAUAAGAAGGGCUUGAAUAAUUAAAAAACCAAAAUACAAAAUUCAAUUCAAACUUAAGGAAAUGUUAAAAAUGAUAAGAAUGAUAAGAUUUCAGGAUAAAAUAGCAAUUUAAUAAGUGGUGGUGCAAGUUAAAAUAAUUCUUCAAAUUAAACACCUUUAAAUAAAGAAAUAACAAAUAAUAGUGUUUAAAAAUUAUCAACAUAAAAUUAAUUUAAUUAAUCUAAUUAAUAAAAUUAAUUUAUUUAAAAUCAUUAAUAAUAAUAAACUAAAUAAACAUUCCAUUCAAAAAAACUUUCUGAUAAUUCUAAAACAAUGUCUAAUAAUGUUGGCUAAAAUUAAAAAUAAAUUAAAGCUCAUAAUAAUAAGAAGAGCAAUUCUGAAUAAAUAAAUCUUUAAACUAAUGUAUAAUAAAACAAUUAGAUUAAUUAAAGAGAAUAAAAACUAAGUAAAAUUAAUAAAUAAUUUAAAAGAUCUUGAUGCUAAUCAAUAAGGAUAAGUAGAAAAAUCAAUAGAUCCAUAAAAUAAAGAAUCAGAUUAGCUGAAUUCAUCAUUAAUUAGAAAUACUUUGUUAAAUUUAAAUGAUGUUAAUAAUGAAGAUGAAUAAUUCGGAGAAAAUUUAAUUGAAUAAAAUACUAAAAAUGAAUAUACAUUUAAAAGAUCUAGUACAAAGAAAUUGUCAUAUAAAUUUAAUAAUGCACAAAAUUCCCAAAAUAAUUCAAUUUAUGUUAAUUAGCGUAAUGAUAUGUAAUAUUUUUAGUUUAAAGAAAAGGAUCAUAUUUGACACCUCUAGCUCCAGAAACUAAAACUAUCAGAGAUAAAGAAUAUUAGCUAAAAGAAACAGCUUUAGAAUUCAUUAAAUAAUUUAUUUAAACUAAUAAGUAUAUCCUUUAUUUAAUUAGUUUAUAAACUCCAGAAAAUAUAGAGUAAACAAUGCAAUUAUAAAAUGUGUUUAAAUUGAUUACAUAAUUUUACAAAGAAAGAUUAGAUAAAAAACAACCAAUUUAUGUUAUUUGCUACGAAUUUUACAUGAAUACAUUUGGUUUAAAAUAAAUAGCAGAAAAUAAAUUAACAAUGCUUUGUUAAGCAGUAAUAUUUUUUAGAAACAUUCCAAGAGUUAGACUAUUCUCUAGAUUUCUAUAAAUUUAAGAUCCUAUUAAUGAUGAAGAUUUAGAAUUCUAUUUCUCAACUAUAUAAAAUUUGGAUCGAUCAUAGAAAUCAGAAAAUUUGAUCUCAUGUACUCCAAAUCAAGAAUGUGUCCUAGUUUUAUAUGAUAAUGCAUUAGAUCAAUUAGCUGUACUUGAUGAACAUUUAAUUGAAAUACAAUCUAAAUUUAAGUCUUACAUUUAAAUAAUUAAUGGAUCUAGAUUUAUUGUUUAGAUUUAUUUUUUAUGGAAUCAUUAUAAUAAUUCUAAUUAAUGAAAAAAAUUCAUUAAGAUAAUUUUAAGGAAUUAUUUUAGGCAGUUGAUAUUAAUGAUGAUAAUUCAAUAAGUGUAGAAGAAUUUACUAUUUUGCUUAACUUAAUUGAAUAAGAAUUAUAAAAUUAGUAAUUUUUUAUUUAAAAAUUUAUUGAAAUCUGUGCAAAUUAAGAUGGACUCUCUUUCUAUUAAUUUGGAAUGUUUUGUAUGUCAAAUUAAUUAUUUCAAAAAGACAAAUAAGAUAUAUUUUUGUAAUAUAAUUCUGAUAAAUUUACAUAAUUAUAAUAAAAAUGGAAUGAAUAUAGAAAAUAAAUGACUUAAAAAUUAAAAGAAAAUUUAGUUUUUACUGAUUAUUAUUAGAAUUUAAUUCGCAAACUUGAUAAUGUAAUUAUUUAAUUCAAGACUUUAGGCACUAAAAAAUGAACUUCCAUAUUCUUGGUUACUAUGGCGAAUAUUAGAAGAACAAUCUAAAAGACUUAUAUCAUCAAGUAAAUGA